AUGAGCUUGUCCCCCGGAGAGAGCAGGGAUCAGAGAGGGUCCCCCUGUGACAGGCAUGCCCUCUGUGCCAGGCUGGUGGAGAGGCCCAGCACAGGGCCCGCAGACGGUCAGGAGGGUGGCCAGGGUCCAAUCGUCACCCGCACAGCUUCUGGACCUGCCCUCGCCUUUUGGCAGGCAGUGCUUGCCGGGGACGUGGGCUCAGUCGCUCGCAUCCUCGCGGAUGGCAGCACAGGCUUGGCUCCUGACUCCGUCUUUGAUACCAGCGAUCCAGAAAGAUGGAAGGAUUUCCGCUACAACAUCCGCGCUCUGAGACUCUGGUCUCUGACUUACCAGGAGGAGCUCACCACCCCUUUGCACGUGGCAGCCGCCCGGGGCCACGUGGACGUGCUGCGGCUGCUGUUGCGUCGGAGGGCCCGGCCUGACAGCGCCCCUGGUGGUCGCACCGCGCUGCAUGAGGCCUGCUCAGCCGGCCACGCUCCCUGUGUCCACUUACUGCUGGUAGCAGGAGCUGACCCCGACCUCCCUGACCAGGACGGAAAACGGCCCUUGCACCUCUGCAGGGGAUCCGGCACCCUUGAGUGUGCAGAGCUGCUCCUGAGGUUUGGGGCAAAAGUGGAUGGCCGGUCUGAGGAAGAAGAGGAGACUCCUUUACACGUGGCUGCCCAACUUGGCCACCUUGCACUGGUGGAGCUACUUCUAAGACGGGGGGCAUGCCCCAAUGCCCGGGAUGCUGAGGGACGAACACCCUUGCUGGCCACCUGUGAGGCCCACUGCCUGGACGCAGACAAUGCUGAGGCCACUGCCACCCGCUGUUUCCAGCUGUGCCACCUGCUGCUCUCUGCUGGUGCUGAUGCGGAUGCUGCUGACAAGGACAGCCGGCGGCCCCUGCACUUGGCCUGUCGCCAUGGUCACACUGCUGUCGUAGAGUUGCUCCUGUCCUGUGGUGUCAGUGCCAACGCCAUGGACUAUGGGGGACAUACAGCCCUGCACUAUGCCCUGCAGGGCCCAGCCAUGGCCCUGGCCCAGAGCCCAGAGUGUGUGGUACGGGCCCUGCUCAACCACGGGGCUGUCCGGAUCUGGCCUGGGGCUCUCCCCAAGGUGCUGGCACGCUGGUGCACGUCCCCUCGGACCAUCGAGGUGCUGAUGAACACGUAUUGCGUUGUGCAGCUUCCUGAGGAGGCUGGGGACCUGGUUCCACCGGAAAUGCUGCAGGAGCACUACCAUUUCUACUCGUCGCUCUUUGCCCUGGCGAGACAGCCGAGAUCCCUACAGCACCUGAGCCGCUGUGCGCUGCGUGCCCACCUGGCUGACCACCUGCCCCACGCCCUGUCCCGCCUGCCCCUGCCACCCCGCCUACUUCGCUACUUACAGCUGGACUUUGAGGACGUGCUGUAUUAG